AUGCGCUCAAAACAAAGGUCGGCGUCCGCUGCGGCGGUGGUGGUGGCAGAAGACGAGGUAAGAAGUCGAGAGGAAGAAGACAGCAGCAGCAGCAGCACAGCCGGGAUUGGCAGUGCGAGCGACCAGCUCCAGCGGCUAGCCUGGCCUGGCAGAGGCAGAGAGGGUGGCCGUGGUAUUAGUGUGGAGCGUGGGAGAGGCGAAAGGACGGCUGCUGCACUGCACGCUCGACUCGACGCUCUGCUUUGCUUGCUUUGCCCGCCGCGUCAAGGCGAAACGCAAUGCAACGCUGCCACGCCUGUCUCUCACGGCCUCUGCUGCCGUUACCACAUGCGGCACCGACCACCACGCUUCAUCAUCGUCACCCGACCUGACAUAAUCCCCAAACUCAACUCACAGCACAGCACAACCCUAUCCUACCCUGUGACCGCCGUCUUCUUUGCCGGCUGUCUCUCUCCAUCCUGA